GAAACCACUGUUUAAUCGUUAGCAGUUCAGACAGGCCAGCGACCAUCGUUUUAUUUUGAAAUCGCAGUCGUGAUUCCCGGCGUUGAGCUCUGUGUCGGACCUCGGACUUGGCACAGCUCGUGGUUUCCCCGAUGUAUUUCCACCACUUGGAGUGCUGUUAGAUAUCAUAACCGUGAGUUUCUGCGCUUUCGUUACUGUAACCGAUACUACAGAGGCAUGUUUUCAGCUCCGGGCCAGCCUUACGUAGCUACUUAGUUAGCCCUCGUUAGCCGCUACCGAGAGCCGCGACCGGCGGCGACGCGUCGGUCACCGAAUGCCUCGGAGAAAGAAAAACGGCCAGAGCCCGGCCAGAGUCCCCGGCGGGCCGUCGGAAGGGGGAAGCCUCGGCCACAGCGCGGGCUACCGACUACCUCAGGGAUACGACGGUGCCAUGGCGAGCAACUUUCCAUCCAGCGACUCGCUCUCCGGCUCCGCCAAGGAGAAAAUAGCCAAAACCAUGCAGGAGAUGUUCUCACACCUGGACCCCGAAGUUAUAUACAUCGUGUUGUCCGAGUGUGAUUUUAAAGGUGAAAAUGCAAUGGACUCCCUCUUGGAGCUGUCUGUGGCUGCCGAAGUUGCAGUCCCGAUUCCCCCCCCCCCCUCUGGCUUUGAGCGCACUGCUGCAGCCCUGCUCAGCCCCCGACACUUUUCCGAACCUAGACCAGACCCGGACUCGUCCAAGCCAUCACAGCCGCCCUCCUCUCCUCCCUCCACCAUCCUCCUCACUGAGGAGCUGGACCUGCUAGUUGAUCAGGAGCUAGAGACACUGACUGCACAGCAAGAUGUUAAGAAAGUUCAGCACAGCACCCAGUAUUUAUCUGCUGGUGCAUCCCUUUCCUCUCUCCCUCCACCACCAUUUCCACUACAGGCCCUCCCUGAGCUGCUUCAGUCCGGCCAGGAGCUCAGAUCUCGAGGGCCCUCUGCUGAGCAGGCGUGCCCAUUGGGAGACUUGGGAGAGCAAACGUCUGGAACUUCCUCUCCACUCAACCAGCUCAGCUCUUGGGACAGUGAGACCGCUGACAGGCAGCAGUCAGUGGUGGAUUUCACACAUCUAUUGACAGAGACACCUGCAGACAAACCAAACCGUCCUUUGGAUCUGGCAGCUUUGGGACGUCCUUCGGCUUUCCAGGUGUAUAAAAAGCAAGACCCACCACACAGUCUUUCAGAGCGGGCUGGGGUCAUGCCAACUGAUGGGAUAGUUGGAGGAGCAAGAUCUAAGGUGAACAUGUUGAAUCGGGAGCCUCUUGGCUGCAUGACAUCGCCCUGGAACCUGGAGGCACCGGUGUUUUCUCCCCAUAUCCAUGCAAACCAGGGGCCAACCUUCAUUACCCCUGUGGUUCAAACACCUUCCAAAUGGCCCAGCCAGUCAAGGCAUGCCUCUCCCUGGCUGAGUCACGCUCCUGUCGGUCAAGCACCUCUCAAACCUUCAGCAACUAAUUCAAAGUCCUGGGCCUUGCCAGCUGCUCCGCAGCUUCCUGCCCAGUACAGCAGGCUUCGUUUAGAAGGGAAGGUGCUCGUGCUGCUACGUGGUGCUCCAGGAUCUGGCAAGUCAAAGUUGGCCAGAGCCUUGUUGGAGCAUAACCCAGGUGGAGUCAUACUGAGCACUGAUGACUAUUUUAGUCGCCAUGGAAAAUAUCAGUUUGACCCCACUGUUCUGGGGGAGGCCCAUGAGUGGAACCAUAAACGAGCCAAGGAAGCUUUUGAGAGGGGCACUAACCCCAUCAUCAUUGACAAUACCAACAUGCAGGGUUGGGAGAUGAAACCCUAUGUGGCACAGGCGCUGAAACAUGGGUAUAAAGUGCUGUUCCGAGAGCCGGACACCUGGUGGAAGAACAAGCCCAGAGAACUGGAGAGACGUACCACACAUAACGUGUCAGUGGAAACAAUCCGCCGCAUGCUCAACGGAUAUGAGCGUUUCGUCACAGUCCAAUCUAUCAUGGGUUCACACAUGCCUGAGUGGAAACAGGGCCUCCUUCUGGAGAACAGCAGCUCACAACUGGUGUCUGAAACACCUUGUCCUGAUCUUGUGGGGCAACCUGGAUUAACUGAGAGGUGUAAGAAAUCCCGCUCCCAGCUGUUUUCCUCUCUUCCUGACGUGUCGUCUGUUGGGCGUUCAAGUGAGGUGGGAAAGCUGGAAGACGGCGACCACACAUCUACUGAGUCGCUCAAUUUCCAGCCUACCAGCAGACCUAUGGAAGACCCUGAAGCCUCCGAUGGGGAUAAUGACAUGGAUUUGGGGGAAUUAGAUUCUGAUUUGAAAGCUCAGUUGCAGCUGAGACGUUCACCAGAUCAGGGAAUCCCAGACUGUAUUGUGGAGUCGGUGAUGAACGAAGAUCAUCGUGGGGAUGAAAUACCUGUGGCUUUCUCUGAGUCUAUUGGACAGAGGGUGAGGAGAGAGAGGUCAAACAGGAGUUCUGGUUUAGACAAGAUAGAGCCUGCAGAUUUGGUGAAAGAUGCGAACCAAUCAGAGAGCGAGGCAAAGGAGAAAGAAAAGGUAAAGGAAGAGGAAGCAGAAGGAGUUGAGGUGGUGAGAGAUGACGAAGAAAAGGGAAUGCCUAAAAUUUUGGAUUUUUUAGGGGAUUGGCCUUCCGAAGGGUCCCUCGAGCAGCGACAGGUGAGGAGAAGAGAAAGGAAUAAAGAAAGAAAUGGGAAGGAAGAUGAGGGUGUGGCUAAAGACGGUAACGGAAAUAAAGUGAAAGUGCAGCCUGGACCCGGUCUAACAGAGUUUCAGAAGGUUCUUGACCUCAUUCAGACAGGUGUAGGUGCCAUUCAGACCGGUUCUUCGUGUUCUUCCUCCCUUUCCCUGAGCUCUGAUGAGGAAUUACUGAAAGAAGAGGAGGCAGAUGGCAGGUUUGAGGAAUCCUGUGGCAGUAAAUCUAACAGUGAAGAGAGAGAGCAAAAUAUGAACAGGGUUAACGACAGCAGAGGUGAAUUACCUGACUGUGUGUUAGGCUGGAAGGCAGCUGACUCUGGUAGGGUCAGGAAAUCGAGAAUUGAUAACUGGGAGGAACUUAAAAUUGAAAUUGAAGCAAGUAUUGCAACUGGAGGGAAUGAUCAAGUGUCAGAAAUUGGCAGAGAAAAACCCAACUGUACAUAUCCUCACUCAGCUAUCACUGCUGAUUCACUACUCAUCUCAGAAACUGCUGAGACAAAUAUAUGCCAUGACGGCGUGGGAAGCCGCAGUAUUGAAGGUGAGGUCGGUACAGAACCUGGUGACACAGAGGAUGGCAGAGAGACUAGAACUGAGGCUGAUGGUAGCUAUGUUAGUGAGGUGUGUAGGAGUCCAAUGUGUGAGGGCUCUGUGGACGCAGAAGGCAGUGCUUUCAGUGGAGGCAGUCAGGAGAGAAAGCAGCGUCAGGGUCGCAGAUCAGGGAAGCAGUGCAAGCUAGCCCUAACCUUCACUCAAAACUGCCCUGGUUCUUCAUUGAAUACUCCUGAGUCCCCCAGUACCGCAGCUCAAAACGUAGACAGUAGUCAGAAUAGCAUUAACACAGAUGUCAAACCUAGCUUUAAUCCUAACUGUAACACCAGCCUUGACCUUAAACCAAACUUUGACCUGUUGACCGAGUCUCAAUCUGAGGCAUACCUGCAGCCUCCUUCUCCCCCUUCUUCUCUGGUAGACACAGGCUGCUUCACCCAGACAGAACCUCAAGACUUUGCCCUUCUUUGGCGACUCAGUCGUCAAGACAGCCCUGAUGCUACAGCCGUCACUACGUGCAGCAACUCCAGUAACUUCGCAGUCCUGUAUGGCGACUCGUCUCGCUUUGUGCCAGAGCUAUCCUCUGUAGUUUCUGCAGCGGUUGCAGUUCACCCAUCUGGCCACAAAGAAGUACCCUACCAGGUGGUGCAUGAGAAAGGCACACAGGUGGAGGAAAAGGAGCUUGAGGCAACUCAAGACCGGCUUGAGAGCUUGUGCAUUCUCAGCCGUCAUUUUAAACUAGUUCGUUUUGAUAUAUUAGAAGAUUUGUAUGACAAAUGCCAUCAGGACCUAGAAUGGACCACCAACCUGCUGCUGGACUCCGGAGAGAGUUUCUUUAAAGAUGAGGAUGAUGAGGAGGAAAGGAAGGUGGAGGAAGAGGAUGGUGCUGAGGGUGAAGAUAACCAGAAAACAUCCAGUCUGUGUGGAGCUUUAGGCGAGGUUGCAGAAACUAGGUUGUGUCCUAACGUGUUAGGUGAGUGCCCCUCUGAAGAUUUGCCAAAGGGAAGGUCAGCUUGGUUUGAGGAGGGGACACAGCGGUCAACCUCUGGGACAGUUAGUGAGUCAAAUAAGAGCUCCAGUAAUACUGACUUACUGAGUUUUGAAGGUAUAGCUACCCCACUUAGAAACAAAAGUCCUUCUGAUGCAACCUCACACUCUGAAAAACCUCCUCAGACAGAACUUAGUCUGCCUAAAGCAACAAAAGAAAGAGACAACACUGAACAGAAAGUUAUAUCAGAACCUGAUCUAGAAGGUGGCGCUUGUGGUGGGAGCUUAGAUGAUGGAGUAAUAAUUGCAGAGUCCAGGACUGAGACUGAGGUCGAGAGUCCCAGCAUGGACGAGGUUCACUGGCUGCUGCAGGCUGACCUAGAGGAGAUAGACAGAGAGAAUAAACAGAGUAAGGAGGAGAGGACUGAAAGGAGGCACGUGGAGGAGAGAAGGAGCAGACACCUGGACAUUCAGAGUGUGGAGCUGAAACUACCUACUGAGCUGGCACUACAGCUAACUGAACUGUUUGGUCCUGUGGGAGUAGACCCAGGUACAUGCUCCACUGAUGACUUUGAAGUGCAGAUGGACCUGAACCUGGCUAAACUGCUCCACCAGAAGUGGAAGGAAACAAUCCAGGAAAGGCAGAGACAAGCAAAUCUUUCCUUCCACUUGCUUCAGGAAAGUUCAGUACACUGGGGUGAAUCUCAAGUAGCCAAACCAGGUCCACAGGAGCGAACGCAGCCAACACAUUUUCUCCUUACCGCAGAUAGUUACAUGUCAUUGGUCAGCCAACCAGAGGCCCGUGGUCAGAUGCCAUUCAUGGACCACUGGAAUGUGUCCCAUCCACAUGUCUCUCUUAGAGAUAUUAUAAAAGAGGAGCAGGCUUUGCAGAAGAACAUGGAGAAGACCAGACAAAGUCGCGCAGACCUCGACCGGCGCAAUGGAGCCACCCUGUUGAAAGAGAACCAACUCUACUCCCUCUUCCCCACCAUUGACAGGCAUUUCCUCCAGGACAUCUUCAGAGACCACAACUACAGCCUGACCCAGACUGAGCUGUUUCUUCACUCUCUACUGGACGAGGAACCCGUCAAGACGGUUGUCGCCCCGGAGGCUCCUCGGUCUGACCACCACAGAGCAGCCAGCAGGGAGAGGGAAAAGAGGCAAAAGCCCCCAGAGUCAAUCAUACCUAACUAUCAGGAUGUGGAGGACCCACAAUAUGACGACUUCAGGGCCGAGGCAAGCCUGCAGAAGCGCCGACAGCUGGAGAGUUUCGCCAUGGCCGCUGAGGCCUACAAGCAAGGACGCAAAGAAGUGGCCUCAUUUUACGCACAGCAGGGACACAUGCAUGGCCAGCGGAUGCGUGAGGCCAAUCACCGUGCAGCGGUUCAGAUUUUUGAGAGGGUCAACUCGUCGCUGCUGCCUAAGAACAUCCUGGACCUCCAUGGACUACAUGUAGAUGAGGCCCUGGAGCACCUGGCCCAGGUCUUAGAGGACAAAACCACAGACUGUGAGCAGGGUCUGUGUCGACCUCAGCUCUCUGUCAUCACAGGAAGAGGGAACCACAGCCAGGGGGGCGUGGCCCGCAUCCGCCCCGCCGUUAUAGACUACCUCACUAACAAACACUACAGGUUCACUGAGCCAAAGCCAGGUCUCGUGUUGGUCUCUUUGAAGUGAAAAGAACCGGGUUUAUUGGAUUCAAACUAAAGCUGCUAUGGAGGAA